AUGAAACUGCUUCUUCUUUCCUUGAUUACAGCCACAUUUUCAGAGACGAAUUCCAUUUUCGACGAGCGCUUUGAUAAUUAUGGCCUCGAAAGCUCAGGCGAUGAUGAUUUUGACAUUGACGCAAUUUACACAGUUUUCGGCAAUGAUACGCCGGAGAGGGGAGAUUCGAGAUAUAAACCUCCCGAUACUGGAACAGAACAACGUUCCGAGGCAAAUCAGCUCACCGAAAUAACUGACGGAAUCGGCGAAGAAGUCCAGAGCAUCUGGAGUUGGCUCUCGGACACAGUGACGGAUGCGUUUGGAGAAAUAAAGGAUAAAACUGAACAGGGAUUAAGUGACGCACAGAAAGCAACUAAGGAGUUUUUCGACAAUGCCAAAGAGUGGAACAAUGAUCAGUGGAAUUCAUACCUCCAGGAUUGGUUUACUGAUGAAAAAGACAUGGUUGUCUUGGAAGGAGUCUGCAAGGGAAUCGAAAAUGGCUCAGCAAAUUUGACGACUAUCGAAAACAUUGAAAAUGGAAAAACUAAAGAAUUGCUUGAAGAUCAUUGCCGCGCAAUAAAAGCUCGAGAAGCAAUGUCGUCAGAAAUCCCUCUUAUAUUUUCCCUCUUUCUCUGUUUAUUUAUGGUCCUAUUAUGA